UUGUUGUUGGUUGCUUUAUAUUGCUUUUCUUUGCAUUGCUUUUACGACACAUUAGACAUAUAUUGCGUGAAUAUUUUAAUAAUUAAUACUAAUUCAAAAUGUUUAGAAAAUUUGAAGAAAAGGAAAGUGUUUCAUCGCUUCAACAACUGAAAUCUUCUGUCCAGAAGGGUAUUCGUGCGAAAUUGUUGGAAACGUAUCCAUUGUUGGAAACACACAUUGACUUGAUACUACCAAAAAAAGAUUCGUACCGCAUCGCUAAAUGCCACGAUCAUAUUGAACUUUUAGUCACAGGGAGCGGCGAAAUAGCGUUCUUCCGGCAUCGCGAGGGUCAGUGGAUGCCGACUUUGCGAUUACUACACAAGUUUCCAUAUUUUGUAACUAUGCAACAAGUAGAUAAGGGUGCCAUUCGAUUUGUGUUAAGUGGUGCUAAUAUAAUGUGUCCCGGCCUCACGUCGCCUGGCGCACAAAUGACACCCUCCGAUAAAGGAGCUGUUGUGGCAAUAAUGGCCGAAGGCAAAGAACAUGCAUUGGCCAUUGGCAUCACCACUUUGUCUACUGAAGAAAUCUCGAAAGUUAACAAGGGCGUAGGAGUGGAAAAUUGCCAUUACCUUAAUGAUGGACUAUGGAAAAUGAAAGUUAUAAAGUAAAAAUCAUAAAAUAUUAAUCCGCAUGAUUGCAAUAGCUAGUCUGAAAGAGCUAUAUUUAAAUGUCUAAAUGAUUUUUGUAUUAUAAUACAUCUAUUUCUUUAGCUUAUUGAAUAAACAUUAAUUUUAAAGAUAUUUAAUAAUA